AUGAGCGCAAUCCCGUCAUUCGCAUUCCAAAACAUGGACUCGUCACUACUUGAUGACACAAUGGACGUAGCAUCGUCGCCCUUCCGUCAGCCUGACGAUCUCGAUGUUGAGCUUGAGUCAGUUCGUGAACCGUCCAUCAUAGAGUCUUUGCACGACGAUAUGAUCGACGACGCUGUCGAUCCAGCCGAGACUGGAAGUGACAUGAUGCAAGAUCAAAUCGAGGAGAUACUACCUGACGACGAUAUGAUCGAUGAUGAAAAUACAGCAGCUAUUCCCGAAACCCGUGACGAGGAUUUCAACAUGGAUGCCUUCGCAGACGGACCUCGAGUUGAUGAAGAUGAGGACAUUUUAUACGAAGAUGAUGAAGACCUUGAGCUUCCUGCGGAACAAAGAGAAGGCUCUGCGGAGCUCAAAGCCCAGCAAGAGAUACAAUCAUACCAAGAGGCGGAAGUAGAAGUCAUUCUGGAUGACGUCGAAGAACAGCAUGACGAGGAGAACUCCCAUAACCUAGCUACUAAUGAGGCAGAAGCCGCAACGAGAACGGAGAGCUCUGACGACAUCGAGGAUCCCGGGCAGGUUUCAACAACGGCUGCGACCACUACGGAAAACCCAGGUACAGAUGUGUCGCAAGCAGAAGCGCCGGACGGCUCUCUCUCCGAUAAACAGACAUCCGAAGAGGUUCGUCCCGAAACAUCUGUUGAUCAAGCCCAGGAGGUCCAAGUUGGCGAGUCCUAUGUGGUUUCGGAGAAUGUCGAACAGGGCCUAGACGAUGCCGAGACAACCGAACAGACGAGGACUUACGACACAGGCGACGAUCCAGUAAAUGCAGAUUUGCAGCAGCAGGACACAGAGCCACCUGCGGGCACUCAAAAGGAUACCGCCAAAGCCAUCCAUCCCGUGACCUUGCUGUACCUGGAUGAAGAGAUGUCACUAUUUCCCCCCAUGAUCGGGGAUGAGUCUUCGGUGUAUUUCCUUGCGGACUCUUCACUUGCGUUUGAGCCUUUGGACAAACUGCUUGCUGCAUGUCGCGAGAUCUUGACCGGUACUUUGGACCAUCAUGAUGAGCUAGUGCUUGAUAUCACGUCAUUAGGUCUCCAUAUCUGCGAAGACUCGAAACAUGCUGCGCAGAUUACCCUGUCCCAAAUCCUCGACGUUUAUCUGCAACUCUGUCGGAAUGAUGAAGGUCAAGAGAUACAUCCUUUGUAUUGUCAUCUGAGCAGUCGUGUGAGCUUGGCAUCUCAGUAUGCUUACCUCGUGUCCUCGUGCACGGAGGGUAGGACGUUUUCCGAAAUAGCCGCAGACCAUAUCGACACUCCCGAGCCAGAGGAAGAGCAUACUGAUGCAGCUGGCAACCCUCAGGAACAGCAAGGGGAGCAAGAAGGCUACGGCAAUCAGGAUGCGUCUCUUGAAGAACACAGCAACGAAUAUGUCCCAGAUGAGCAGCCAACCGCUUCCGAACCUGAGAUCGAUGCUCGGUUCGACGCGACUGCUGCAGAGCGUACCGACAUUGGAGAAACCGUAAACGAGUCUACCGGACAAGGCAUAGACACUGCUCCAUCAGGGGAAAUUUCCCAGGAGCAUGCAGAAGAAGCUGACCCCUCCGGACAGGAGACAGAGCAGGCAGCUGCAGAUAUCACGGCUCAAACUCACGACGAGGGCGACGGUCAGAUGGAAGACGAUGGCAAACCCCUGCAAGCAAGUGGCAGGGAGCGUGAGUCAUAUCUAGAGACCGCGGAUCUCUUGGAAGCUCAAGAGCAUGAGACGAACAGUUCACAUACGCUCGAAGCCGACACUGCCGGGGACGAAACUGAUUAUGCCGAUGUGGAUGCAGAUGGGCUUGGGACGCUCGAUUCCUUCGAUGAAUCGUUCGAACAAGCCGAAGAUCUUUUCGAACAUGACAAAGAUGUGGAGCGAGCGGACGAGGACGACCUUGGCUCCUACAGUGACGAAGAACUCUUCGCUCAAGAAGCAGGGGUUCAGGAGGAGGCCCUUCAUGCCGACGCAGCUGUCGUGGACGAAGGAGAUUAUUCCACGUUGCCAGUCGCCAACGAGUACAACCAACCUGAUAACCAUGCAAUCCCUCAAGCAGACGAGAACGCUCAAUCGGCGCUGAACGGGCCUGGUGCAACCUCCGGCGGCGUUCCCGAGCCUGUCAGCCUUGCAAGCUCACCCGUCACACCAUCCAAAGCCAACAACGCCAAACGCAAGGUAGAUGAUGACGAGCUCGAUCUACUGGACCUGGACACCCCGGAACCUAAGCGGCGCCGACCGUCUUGA